CCGUCUAGUAUAGUGCAUUUAUUUGUGAAUUGACAUCGCAAUAGCAAGUAGUAAUAGUAAAUUAAUAACUGCAACAGUAUCGUUCGGUUGUCGCCUUACUUUUUAUAAAGUUUAAAGUUUCAAUUGUGAGAUGCGGGCUGCAAUGGCUAGAAGAACACAUGUGUCAUCGAUAGAUGUACCUGAUAAUCCGGAAGAUUUAGAUAGCCCAGAUAGUAUAGAGGUGGGAACACUUACAAUACAAGAUGCUGAGACUAAGUCCAAUCAAAAAGAAAUCUGGGAACGUCCUCCACGCUACAAUCCUGAAAAACUACCCGAGGACAAUAGCCCAGCUCUGCUUUUUGAAAUUCUGUCUGCGCGCAUAAUGCCUCCCGAUGGUGAAGAUUUAAAAGUGAAACGUUAUGUAGUCUACAAUGUCACAGUGCGCCAGGACACACGCAAUUCUAUGGACCAACAGCCAGCAACUAUAGAAAGGCGUUACACUGAUUUUCGUGAUAUGUUUCAAAGUCUAAAACGUGACCAUCCCCAGGAAAUGGCCAAUAUAGAUUUUCCCAAUAAGGUUUUAAUGGGGAAUUUUUCCGCAUCUCUUAUUGCCGAUAGGGGUUUAGCCUUUGAAGAACUUUUAACUCAUAUAGUACGUAAUUCGGUGCUGAGAAACAGUACAAUAUUUUUGGAUUUUUUGCAAGACAACGAGUUGUCAAAGGCAUGUCAAUUACUCGAUGAGCGAAAUGAUGCCUGUAUUUCGUUAUUGGAAAAUACGUUCAUGCUAUUGAAUAAAAUUUUUAUGGAUCGUUCCAAGCCAGUGUUAUUGAUAUUAUGCCGUUUGGUAUGUGCCUGCACUAAUUCACCCGUUCCACAUCCAUCAGCCGAAAAGUGGGCAGCCUUGGCAUUGAAUCGUUAUGAGACAUUGUGUGAUAUUGAUCUCUUGCCCUUAUACAUACCACUUUUGCAUACGUGUGCGCAUUUAUGGUGGCAGAAAGGCCGUGAUCAGAAACCUAUAACCGAACGUCUUAAUGAUAUGUCAAAAAAAGGUAUUAGCAUUAACAAUAAUCCGACUUUAAUGCAAGCUAUUCACAAGUUAGAUCCUCGUUCCGAAACUAUUUAAUAAUAAAUUAUUAGUUAACCUAAGAUAUUUAUUCCACACACUCUUCGUAGUCCGUAAGUUAAAAAUGUAGUGAGGUAAAGAAGUGCAAUUUUGCAAUUUCAAGCGAAUAUAUGUAGUUUUGGAAUACUUAUACACAUACAUACAUACUAUACGUAUAUAUAUUUAUUAAGUAUUAUAUAUAUAUAUACAGUAUAUAAUUAAUAUAUUUAUCACAACUUUAGCUGCUGUUCUUUGUAACACCCAUGGCAUAGGUAACUAACAAACUAAUUUUAUACAUUACUUUUUUUGGUAUUAUAUUUUUGUUUUUGUAAAAAUAUAUGUACAUUUUAUGUACAUGUGUGCUUAUA